AUGGCUUCUUUAGCACUUGUACUUACUCUUCUUUUAUUGGGUAUCUCAACUUUACAAGCCGAGUACUAUGCACCAAGUAAAAACUAUGCACCUUCUACUACUAAAAAAACUAUGAACGUGAUCGAUUCAUGUUGGCGUGCCAAGUCAAACUGGGACAAGAAUCGCUAUGCAUUAGCCGAUUGUGCUGUCGGCUACGGCAAAGCAGCUAUCGGUGGGAAAAACGGUGCGAUAUACGUCGUUACUAAUCCGUCCGACGACCCGGUUAACCCUAAACCGGGUACACUAAGAUAUGGUGCAAUCCAAUCUAAACCACUAUGGAUUAUUUUCAACAAGGAUAUGGUUAUAACGUUAAAGAAUGAACUUAUGAUCAAUAGUUACAAGACUAUUGAUGGAAGGGGUGCAGAAGUUGAAAUUGCAUAUGGACCUUGUAUAACAAUCCAACAUGUUAGUCAUGUGAUUAUACAUGGGAUAAGUAUACAUGAUUGUAAGCCGGGGAAAAAAGGUAUCGUCCGGGAUAGUCCGGUGCAUGCCGGCCAUCGUAACGGCGCCGACGGAGACGGCAUUGAUAUAUUUCAAUCGACCCAUGUUUGGAUCGACCAUUGUUAUCUUGCACGUUGCACCGAUGGACUUAUUGACGUUAUCCAUGCUUCUACUGGUGUUACCAUUUCAAAUAACUACUUCACUCAGCAUGAUAAAGUUAUGUUAUUUGGGCACAAUGAUAACAAUAUAGAAGAUAAGGUUAUGAAAGUCACAGUAGCCUUCAACUACUUUGGCCCUGGUUUAAUUGAAAGAAUGCCAAGAGUGAGGCUAGGUUAUGCUCAUGUGGCCAACAAUCGUUACGAAAAAUGGUUGAUGUAUGCUAUUGGUGGAAGCGCUAAUCCAACCAUCUUUAGUGAAGGAAAUUAUUUCUUGGCAUCUAAAUCCACACAAGUUACAAAAAGGGAAUCUAAGAAUGGAUGGCAAAAUUGGAAGUGGAGGUCUUCAAAAGAUAAAUUCUUGAAUGGAGCCUAUUUUAUACCAUCUGGUUAUGGGACUACUAAUCCAUAUUACUCAAAGGCUCAAUCAUUUCCUGUGGCUGAUGGAUCUAUGGUUCCUUCUUUAACUGCUGAUGCUGGACCUUUGCGUUGUACUUCUUAUAAAUGUUGACCUUUUUUUU